AUGAGUGUGUUACCAGUAGAGGGAGGUGAAGUGUAUCCACCACCGAUGCUUCCCAAGAGGAAGAGCAAUAAUGUGUCAGCUGCAGGCAUUACAAGAUUUGAGAAACAAAAACUUGUCUACACCUGGACGGUUUCAGGUAACGUUGGUGACAGUCUGAUAUUCGAGUGCGAAGUGGAGAUUGUGUGCGUCGUGUGGGACGAUUUCCCAAGCCUUCCUGCUCCGGAGACGCAGCCCGUCCUCGCUAGAGACUUCGCCAACUUGUUGGAGUCCCAGGACUUUGCGGACUUCAUUCUGCACGCCGGAGACGUCAGGAUCAAGGCGCACAAAGCCGUGCUGGCCGCCCGCAGCCCCGUCUUUGCCAGGAUGUUGCAGCAGAACACGAAGGAAGCGCAAGAAAACUAUGUCAACAUCUUGGGCGCGGAACCCGAAGUGGUGGCGGAGGCACUGCGCUACAUGUAUUCGGGCCACGCCCUGGCCCUGCGCGAUAUGGCCCAGGGCUUGCUGGUGUUUGCAGACCGCUACGACCUGCGUGAGCUGAAGAACCAGUGCGAGGUGGAACUGGCUAGGCGCCUCACCGUAGACAACGCCGUCACCUAUGCCAUCUUGGCCGUCGUCAAUUCGUGUUACGUCUUACAGAAGGCGUCUGUCGACUUCAUAAGGCGGCAUUUGUGGGAGGUGAUGGGCACUACAGCGUGGAAUGAGGCCAUUCACAGCGAUCCUGCCUCUCUCGAGAAGAUCAGUCAGCUUAUCGCAAUGCGAUUGUAA